UAUGGCUCGCUUUGUACCCAUCUUGGCUAUGUCUCUCCUUGCUCUUCUGCUCCUUUUUGAGUUCGGGUCAGGACUAGAACCGCAAGCGGUGACCGAAGGCGCCCUCCCCAAAGGCACCAUGGAUUGUGGAAAAGCAUGCACCGGCAGGUGCAGAUUAUCGUCGAGGCCACACCUGUGCAAGAGGGCUUGUGGGACAUGUUGUGCAAGGUGUAGCUGUGUGCCUUCGGGGACCGAUGGAAAUGCAAAAAUGUGCCCAUGUUACUAUAACAUGAAGACUCAUGGCAACAAACCCAAGUGCUCUUAAGCCUUAACAGAGUGCUUCUAGUUGCCACUAAACAUGGGCUUCCCUUUCUUGUCUCUUCAU